AUGGGACUGCUAUCACCUUUCACCAUCCGGGUCAAGAUUAUGUUCCAAAAACUGUGGGAAUUAAAGAUAGACUGGGACAAUAGUCUUCCUGGCAACAUACAACAAGAGUGGAACACGUGGUGGAACGAGAUUCCACAGCUACAAGUCAUAUCGAUAUCUCGAUUCUUGUUCGAGGAACUCCGAGACACUACGCUGUUUUACGAACUACAUGUCUUCACUGACGCCAGUCCGAAGGCUUACGGCGCAGUUGUCCACCUAAAAACAUCUGACUCUGAGAACACAGGAGAAAUACAUCUACUACUUGCAAAGGCGCGAGUAGCACCUCUUAAAAAGCUGACACUCCCUCGCCUAGAGCUGAUGGGAGCUCUCAUCGGUUAUAGAUUACUGCGCUAUGUAGAAAAGACGUUGUCUCUUCAAGACCACGAAGUAUACUUGUGGACAGACUCUACCAUAACGUGGAAGUGGAUACAAGGUCAAACUCACCGAUGGGAGACAUUUGUUGCUAAUAGAGUGAGGAAAAUCCAAAACAACAUGCCUACAGCUCGCUGGAGAUACUGCCCGGGUAAAGAAAACCCGGCAGAUUGCCUAACAAGAGGACUCUCCGCGUCAAACCUAGAGUCAAACAACUUGUGGUGGACUGGUCCUUCUUGGCUCAAGAAACCGUCACCAGAAUGGCCACAGGCGCAACCCGAACGAGACGACCUAGACGACAUGGAAGACAACGACAUCAAAACCAAUGUACUGCAAGUAACAACUGCCGUAGACGAUCCUGUACUUGACUUGCAGCGCUACAGCGAGCUCUCAAGGGUCCUACGCGUCACUGCUUGGAUUUAA